AUGGCUUCCCAAAAUAUUGACACUGUAGAUACGUCUAACUUCAUUGAAGUACUUAGGUACUUCGACGAGGAUGGAAACAUCGCUAACCCGAACACUAGGUUCGAUAUUCAAUGCGGCAUCUGCCGUGAGAAGAACCUAGCUCUUUUAAAUCCUGCAUUUGACAAGAGGUCACGGGAGACUCACGAGACUUACGCAGUUCUCCCUAACUGUGGUCACGCUUUCGGGUAUGUUUGUCUGAGUAGUUGGAUAUUCUCAAACAGUGUUCCUACCUGCCCAACUUGUCGAAAGCGUAUCUUCAACAGAGAUCAGCCUCGUGUUCUAAGCAUGUUCGGAGAUUCCGGCAUUGAAGAGCAGCAUCUGGAAGUCCUCGAUAUAAAGGGGAUCCUUCACACUGCUAACAGUUCAGAAGCAGAGGUGAGUUUUCGCCUGCCACGUGCUGACGACCCUGUCGUAAGAGGUGCGUUCCCGGAUGGAUCAGUGAAUGGGUUUUUGAAUGCAGUCGUCGAAUUGCCGGAUUUCCCAUGGAUUCUUCGCCCAUGGAGAGAGAUCUUGGAAGAGGAGUUGGAUCUCAUCACCCAGGAGUUAAACGAUAUAACAGAGCAAGAAGAUGAGCUUGAAGAGCGAUUACGUUACAUAGGUAGGCUACUGGAAAUAGCGCCCGAUACUUAG